AUGCAACCGAGCAACGGCUCCAAAGACGUGUCGUCGGCGGCGGCCGAGAAGACUUGCGGUGCCACUGGCAGUUCCGGCAACCAGCAGUUCUGCUUGCGGUGGAACAACUACCAGAGUAACCUGACCAAUGUGUUCGACCAACUGCUGCAGAACGGCACGUUCGUGGAUGUGACGAUCGCCUGUGACGGUCACACUCUCAAGGCUCACAAAAUCGUGCUGUCCGCUUGCAGCCCGUACUUCCAGAGCAUGCUGGCCGAGAACAAGUGUAAGCACCCGAUCGUCAUACUGAAAGACGUCCAGUGGCCUGAGCUCAGGGCCGUCGUCGAUUUUAUGUACAAGGGAGAGAUAAACGUUUACCAGGAACAGAUUGGCCCACUAUUACGCGUUGCUGAGACCCUGAAAGUCCGCGGUCUGGCCGAUGUCAGCAACGAACAACUCACCGGCGGCGGUGGAUGUGAACCACAGGCCGCGGCCACCGUGGUGACGCCCACGACAGUAGCACCCGAAUCUCCCAAACAGCCAGCCCGCAAGCGGCACAGGCUGUCACCACCGGCGGCUAGCCCAGAGUCGGUAAUGUCCGACAUGGGAUCGUCAGCCGCGGACACGCCGCUCAACUUACACCACAUGCCGCCUCCCCCGGCCCCCCAUCACCAGCAGCAGGUGCAGUCGCACGUGCACCAGCACCACCACCACCAGCAGCAACAGCAGCAACAACAGCAGCAGCAACAACAACAACAACAACAACAACAACAACAACAACAUCAGCAGCAGCAGCAACAUCAGCAGCAGCAGCAACAUCAACAACAACAGCAGCAGCAGCAGCAGCAACAGCAGCAACAGCAGCAGCAGUCGUCACAACAGCCACCGGCACCACAGGCCAUGCCGCCGUCCGCCUCGUCCGCUUCAUCGUCGUCGUCGUCAUCGUCGUCGAUACCACCGCCGAGCAGCGUGGCUGACGAUAUGGAGAUAAAGCCAGGCAUCGCCGAGAUGAUACGCGAGGAAGAAAGAGCCAAAAUGUUUGAAAGUUCUCAAGCCUGGCUCGCAUCCACGUCCUCGCCAAUGACAUCCGACAGUUACCAGUACCAACUGCAGUCCAUGUGGCAAAAGUGCUGGAACACCAACCAGAGCCUCGUGCACAACCUACGGUUCAGAGAGCGCGGUCCGCUCAAGUCGUGGAGACCAGAGACGAUGGCCGAGGCCAUACUGUCCGUGCUCAAAGAGGGCUUGUCGCUGUCACAGGCCGCUCGGAAGUACGACAUACCAUAUCCAACGUUCGUGCUGUACGCCAAUCGGGUACACAACUUGCUCGGUCCCUCCGCAGAUGGUGGCGCAGACUUAAGGCCUAAAGGCAGAGGACGUCCUCAAAGAAUAUUGUUAGGAUUUUGGCCAGAAGAUCAUAUUCAAAAUGUAAUCAGGACUGUUGUGUUUAGAGACGCACAAAACAUCAAAGAAGAAGCAUUACACCUUUACCCAAGAAUACCGUGUUUAUCCGACCCAAUGUCUGGUGGUCACUAUGGUAACAACGCGGUUCAGUCGGUUGAAGGUCCCGUGUCGCCAAACUCUGCCGCGGCCGCCGUGGCCGCCGUCGCGCAGGGUAUAAGGCAGCAAAUGAUGGCCGCCGCCGGACAUAACAUCUCUCCUUCAUCGGGUGUCGACGCGUUCGCCCUACUCGCCUCUUCGCACCUACCCAGUCCGGCUGACAUGUCACCAAAUUCGUCUCCGCCCGAUUCACCGUUAGUUUCCAACAACAACGUCGAGGUGAGCCUAAGUGGUUACAAGCGAUCCAUCGACCACUCCAACCAAGACAAUGUGUUCGUUGAAGACAUUGAUGAGCUAGUGAAGAACAGCCAUUGUACCGGGGGCUCGUCAAUGGGCAACACCAUCGAUCAGCAGCCGUUGCCGUUAGUCAUCGAACAACGGACCGAAUAA